UCACACCUCCACAUUCAUAUCCUAAUUAGAUAAGCCCCAUUCAUCCAUACAUUUAACUCUCUAUUCCUCAAUUCUUUCACACACAUUCCUGAAGACAGAAAAAUGGCCUCUGCUUGUGCUUCAUCAGCCAUUGCUGCUGUUGCCUUCUCCUCCCCAAGCUCACAGAAAAAUGGAUCAAUUGUGGGAGCAACAAAGGCCUCUUUCUUUGGAGGAAGGAAGUUGAGAGUGAGCAAGGUUACUUCGCCUUCCGGGAAGCGAUCCGUGGCCGUCUACGCGGCAGCUGAUCCCGACAGACCGUUGUGGUUCCCCGGGAGCACCCCUCCCGAGUGGCUCGACGGCAGCCUUCCCGGAGACUUCGGCUUCGAUCCUCUCGGCCUAGCGUCCGACCCGGAGAGUUUGAAGUGGAACACGCAGGCGGAGCUCGUCCACUGCCGAUGGGCCAUGCUCGGCGCGGCCGGCAUUUUCAUCCCCGAGUUCCUCACCAAGAUCGGCAUCCUCAACACCCCGUCGUGGUACACGGCCGGUGAGCAGGAGUACUUCACCGACACGACCACGCUCUUCGUCGUGGAGCUGAUUCUCAUCGGCUGGGCCGAGGGGAGGAGAUGGGCCGACAUCCUCAAGCCUGGCUCUGUCAACACUGACCCCAUUUUCCCCAACAACAAGCUUACGGGAACCGACGUUGGCUACCCCGGUGGGCUGUGGUUCGACCCUCUCGGGUGGGGCACCGGGUCGCCAGCGAAGCUCAAGGAGCUGAGGACGAAGGAAAUCAAGAACGGACGGCUGGCAAUGCUGGCGGUCAUGGGAGCAUGGUUCCAACAUAUCUACACCGGAACAGGGCCCAUCGACAACCUCUUCGCUCACCUUGCGGAUCCCGGCCACGCCACCAUAUUUGCUUCUUUCAGCCCUAAGUAAGGAACGAAACAACGUGUCGAUCGAGCAGCAGCAACGGGAGGAAGAUAUUCUUAGUUUGUCUUUUUUUUUUCGAAUUAAUGUUGCAUUGUUUAGAUGUGUAAUGCUACAUCCUUAUGUGUGUAGAGAAGGGGUUAAGCCGUGUACAAAUGAAUCUGAGAGAUCCUAAAUA